UCUCAUUCAAUAAUGCAAACCAAAAUUAUGGUCAGAGAAUGCAAAAGUCCUGUUUGGUAGGCAAGAAUUAUUUUUUCUAUAUUCUUUAUAUAUUGAUAACUAAAAACUCUUGUUGUUUGCAGACAUGUCUAGCCAUGGCUGCUGUUAAACUUUACUUGCAGGCCCUGCUUCUAACCAUUUCUUUCACAAUUUCUACUUCCUUCGACACUAUUACCAUAAAUCAAACCCUUAAUGACAGCAAUAUUUUAAUCUCCAAACAAGACAAAUUCGCACUCGGAUUCUUUAGCCCUGCAAAUUCCACUUACAGAUAUCUUGGAAUUUGGUACUAUAAAGUAGGACCAAAUCCUGUUGUGUGGGUAGCUAACAGGAAUCAUGGAAUCAAUGACUCUUCAGGAGUUUUGUCCGUUAACCGAAAUGGAAAUCUCGUUUUGUAUAGCAACAAUGAUCGAAAUUUUUUAUUGUGGUCUGCGAAUGUUUCGGUUGAAAGAACAAUUACUUGUGUAGCUCAGCUCUUGGAUUCAGGAAAUUUAGUUCUGAUGGAAGCUACAACCAAAAAUAUCAUUUGGCAAAGUUUUGAUUAUCCUACAGAUACUCUAUUGCCAGGUAUGAAACUCGGGCUGAACCGAAAAACAGGUUUACGCCGAAUCUUAACAUCAUGGAGGUCAGCAGAUGACCCUGGAAUCGGGAAAUACUCACUCGAACUCAAUCCCACAGGAUUUCCACAAGCUUUUAUCUAUGAUGGUAAUAAAAAUCCAAUUUAUAGAGCCAUUCCAUGGAAAUCGAGUCUCGAUAUGGAUGUAAGAGAAUACAGAUUUGUUAACAAUCAAGAUGAGCUAUCUCUUUCGUAUUAUCUUAGGGAAAAUAAUGUUACCAUAAUAUGUAGGUCGGAUUAUUCAGGAUUUCACAAGCACCAAACAUGGCAUGAGAGCGAGAGAAAAUGGAUAGAAAUCUGGUCAGCACCUAAACAUCAAUGUGACAAAUAUAGACAUUGUGGUGUUAACAGCAAAUGUAAUCCCACGCAGUUUUUCGAAUGCGAAUGUUUACCCGGGUUUGAGCCGACAAACCCGAGAGAUUGGAAUGUUUUGAGAGAUGGAUCGGGUGGGUGCAUCAGGAAACGAGUAGAAUCAUACAAAAUGUGCACUCGUGGAGAAGGGUUUCUGCAAGUGGAACAUAUUAAAUUUCCUGAUGCUUCAAAUGCAACUUGGUUUGAAACGAUUACGAGUAGGGAGGGUUGUGAAGAACAAUGCAAAAGGAAUUGCUCGUGCAGCGCCUUUGCAAUCAUUGAUAUUGUCGGGAAGGGCUCCGGGUGUUUGGUGUGGUUUGGCGAAUUAAUCGAUACAACUUAUCUCGUUGAUUCAGGAUUUAAUCUGAAUGUUCGGGUUGAUGCACUUGAAUUAGCUGCUUUCAGAAAAUCGGACAGAUUUUCAGGAAAGAAGAGUAUGAUUUCUAUUUUAGUAGUCUCAAUAGUAUCGGCUUGGUUUAUGAUGAUCCUAUUUGCACUUUUGUUGCUAAAGAGAAAAAGAAAAAAGGUGAGAGAAAAACGCAAGAAAAGAUUUAGAGAGACAUUCGGAAAUUCGUUUCGCCAAAUAGAUGGUCUAGCUGCAAAUGAAGAUCUAGACAUUGCACUUUAUAAUCUUAGCACUAUACUUGCUGCAACUGAUGAUUUUUCACCAUCUAACAAACUUGGAGAAGGUGGAUUUGGCUCCGUCUACAAGGGUCAGCUAGGAAAUGGAAAAGUGAUUGCAGUGAAAAGAUUAGGCGAAAAUUCAGGGCAAGGGAUAGAAGAAUUUAAAAAUGAAGUAAUGUUAAUUGGAAAACUUCAACAUAAGAAUCUUGUGAAGCUUUUAGGAUGCUGCAUUGAGGGAAAAGAAGUUAUGUUAGUUUAUGAAUACUUGUCAAACAAAAGUUUGGACUUAUGGCUGUUUGAUGAAGCUAGAAGGUCGAUCUUGGAUUGGAGACAACGCUUUAAAAUUAUUGUUGGAACUGCUCGUGGAAUUUUAUAUCUUCAUCAAGAUUCAAGGUUGAGAAUAAUUCAUAGAGAUUUAAAAACUAAUAAUAUUUUAUUGGAUGAAGAAAUGAACCCAAAGAUUUCAGAUUUUGGCACAGCUAGAAUAUCCAAUGGCGAACAAAUUCAAGAGAAAACUACUAAAGUUGUUGGAACAUUUGGCUAUAUGUCACCGGAGUAUGUGGUGUUUGGAAGAUAUUCGUUAAAAUCGGAUGUAUAUAGCUAUGGUGUAAUAUUAUUGGAGAUGAUUGCAGGCAAGAAGAACAAUAGAUUCUGCGAAGAGGAUCCUUCUUUGAGCUUGAUAGGACAUGUAUGGGAGCUAUGGAAAGAAAAAAGAGCACUAGAAAUAGUGGAUCCAUCAUUGAAGGAGCUAUAUGUUGCUGAUGAAGCCUUAAGAUACAUUCAGAUUGGAUUAUUAUGUGUGCAAGAAGAUGAAGUGGACAGACCAACAAUAUUCAAUGUUGUUCUUAUGUUAAAUAGCGACAUAUCUCUUUCUUCUCCGAAACAACCGGCAUUCAUUAGUAGUAGAAGAUUUUGUAAUAGUCUUCAAUUCCCAAUUACAGAACAAAAUGAGUGUUUUACAUAUAAGAUGACAAUGACUACUGUUCUAAGUCGGUAGAAGAUCGAUAUAUGUAUACAUUGUUAUUUAGCUUUCUAUUAUUACAACAAUAGUCGUAUGUCUGUGCAAUUGUGCAGAUCAAUAUAA